UGGGAGUUGUAGUCUCAAAACAUCUGGAGGGCCGAGUUUCCCUAUGCCUGACAUGAGGGCUACAACUGUGUCAAGGGAGUGGGGUGCAGUUGUUUGCUCUGUCUCCUGCAUCCCCAUGUAUGGGUAUCUCACAGACCUUAGUGUAGUGAGAUGGUCUAAGUGUGUUCAGCUUGGAUGACAUGGAGUCUUCUAAGUACAACCAGAAGAAUGCACAUAUAUUACCCCUUCAGACGUUCCUUCUAAACACAUGAACGUCUGAAAAUAAACUUCACGUGUGGGGAUAUUGGGGAGAUGAGGCAGUGACUUUUGUUCUGUGUUAAUUGUUAGCAGAAUUUAUAAGAUUGGAAACCUACACAUUUUGGAAAGUUAUGGGAAUUUUGCAUCGUGACACAGGUAUUAUACUAUAUAGUCACUAGGCAUUACAUAAUUAGCUGUGUGUAGGAUGGUAGACAUUCCAUAUUAAUAUUUGCCAGAUGUAAGGAGCGGAGGAAUUCUGUGUUGGGGUAUGUAUGGCAGGUGCAUAUUAUCUGGUUAGUGUUGGGUUUUUUUAAAAUAUUUUUUCAGAUAUUGCAUUUCUACUGCUACCAGCUUACAUGAUAAUUGAAGCUGCCUGUCAAAAGCAGUCUAAUACUACAGAAAUAUUUGGAUAUUCCUUAAUGGCUUUUCUGAGCAAACCUUUCAUAUUUGGGGGCAGAAAUUUCUGGCAUGUGAAGGUACAAUUCAUAUAUCUUGUGUGAUUCUCAUGAUUAGGAACAGGGCAGUUUUGCUAUAUUAACACAGCACACACAUUCCAGAGUUUCUGUUUUCAUUGUAUCCAUUACAAUGCUUUCCUGACCAUGGUAUACCCUAGAAAAUUUAAUACUCUUCUAACCUUUUAAAAAUGAGUUUUCAGCAUGACUUUAUAAUCCUAACAAGCAUAUCUGUUUUCUUUAAAGCCCUUGCUUUCCAAGACAUAUUAUUCUUUAUAUGCCUAUAAUGUUCCUAAAUUUCCUGAGAUAUUCCUGCUGAAACAGCCACAUUUUAAACUAAAUUCUUAGCUGAUGUGUUGAUAACCCACAAAUGUCAUAAAUCAACUGGGGAAGGGGGAUUAAACACUGUGCAAGAGAAUCGGAAGAGAUGAAGAAGAGUUAUCAGCACUACUUUGGGGUUUACUAUCACAAUAUUGUUUGCUUUCUUAAUUACAUGGUGCACAUCUGUCCUGUGUGUUUAUUUGCAUGAUGCAAGUAUCAUUGUCUUCACUAGUUGUUAAGUAAUUACAGUAUAGCAUCUGUAAAUUCAUAUUGUGAAACACAAUGGCUGUGGGGCUACUCAAAAGAUUUCAUCAAUAGCCAGCAAUCAAAGUUGCCAAUAAGAUUUGGAGUUAAAAGAUUUGUAAAUAGUUUCUGGAAGCUAGAAAGGAAAUAGGUUUCUGCUAAAUUUCAAGCGACUCUCACAGAAAAUUGCAGUAUCUAACUGGCUGCCAAUAUACAAACCGAACUUCGGCAGUAUUUGUCUUGGCUUCAUCAUGCUCUAAACUGGGAAGCAGCCUAGCUGUGCUUCCUUCUUUGUGUUCAUUUCUUGCAUCAUAUUUGGAUACAAAAUAAAUCUAGUUUGUACAGGAAAAAGGAUGUUCUCUAGCAUAAUAUAGCCAAACUUUUAAAGAAUUUGUUAAAAAGCAAAAUUGCUUUCUUUAUUUUUAUUAUUUUUUAAGGAAGCUGUGGAUUGCUUGAACAAACAUGGCUGGGUUUUAUCAGACACUUUAUCCUUCUAUUUGAUGUUGAUAGAGUAAGAUUUUGGAAAGAUUGAUGUAGCUCCCUGUGUAUAUUUUCCUGUCCUUCAUGUUGUCUAAAUGGCUUUGUUUUUAAAGAGUGUGAAAUCUGUAAAAAAGAAUGUGUUAUGUGUGAAGAACAAAAGUGUGCCAUUCAUGGCUGUAAAAUGGGAAACCACUCCUGAAGUUAGGAUUUGAUAUCCUGCUUUAUCAUUACCAUAAGGAGUCUCAAAGCUGCUCACAAUCUCCUUUCCCUUCCUCCCCCACAACAGUGGGUGGGUGGGGCUGAGAGGCUUCAGAGAAGUGUGACUGGCCCAAGGUCACCCAGCAGCUGCAUGUGGAGGAGCGGGGACGCAAACCCUGUUCACCAGAUUACGAGUCUACUGCUCUUAACCACUACACCACACUGGCUCUCAAUUCUCUCAAGUUGUCUUUGUCCAUGGAGUUUUCUUGGCAGGGAUAAUGGAGUGGCUUGCCGGUUCCUUCUCCAGGUGGAUUACAUUUGGUCAAAACAUAACUUCUCUUAAAUUAUUUAAGCCCCUUCGCCACGACAAGGCAGUGAUCCAUGAAGGGAUCACUGAAGGAAAUCAGCCCCGAGUGCUCACUGGAAGGACAGAUCUUGAAGCUGAGGUUACAAUACUUUGGCCACCUCAUGAGAAGAGAAGACUCCCUGGAAAAGACCCUGAUGUUGGGAAAGAUGGAGGGCACAAGGAGAAGGGGACGACAGAGGACGAGAUGGCUGGACAGUGUUCUUGAAGCUACAAACAUGAGUUUGACCAAACUGCGGGAGGCAGUGGAAGACAGGAGUGCCUGGCGUGCUAUGGUCCAUGGAGUCACAAAGAGUUGGACACGACUAAAUGACUAAACAACAACUCCCAAACAAGGUAGUGUCUGCAUUUACAAGCCUCCAGCUAUCACAACCUCAAUUAAUUGUGGAACACAAUAAAUCUAUGUGCUAUAACUGGAUUGUGGACCAGUGUUCAUAGCACCACUGGAUAUUGUUCUAUUGUAUAAAUAUGCAAUUUAAGAAUAUAUAUUUAUGCUUUUGAAAUACUGUAAGUUAAAGUGAUGAAAAGUUAUGAACUUGCACAUGUGAACCAGCCUUUCCCCUUGAUCAGAUUUUGAGAAAUCACAGUCAUUAAUACAUGCAAAAGUAUCAUUCUCCUUUUUUAAAAAAAACGGUAGUUUUUAGUUGCUGUAGAAAAAAAUUCAGUGGCUUUUAACGAUAGAAUUGUAAUGUUUGCAAUGUUACCAGCAGUGUUCCUGUAGGUGACAUUUUUCUUCUUUAAAGUUUCUACCCUAUUGGUCAACAACAUUCAAACCACAUGUUCCUUAAUGCCUUCUUAAUUAUAGAAAGUAAAAAGGUUAAUAUUCUGCCUUCACAACUAGCAUUUUUUUAAACAUGUGGAGUUAAGCAUUUUGAUCUUAAGUAUGCAAAAGAACAUCCAAAACUCUCUUCCUUUAGCCAAGUGCUCCUUAUAAAGAAAGGGAGACAUUAUUUGUGGUUAAAAGUUACUAGGACAGUUUGCCGUAGAAGAUUUCUACAUUAUGAAGCCGCAACCACAUCCACACCCAGUCUUGAAAAACAUAUGUGGAACAUGAUACACUAACUCAGCAGAGACUUAGAUGUGGUACGUCCUCUUGAGAUUGUUGUUUGGAGAGGAGCCAUGCUUGAGUACAAAACCCCUCAAGAGAAAUCCGAUUAAAUUUAAUCACUAGGCUGGCUGAAGGAGUUGGGGCUCAACAGUCACUGAACUCGGGGUCACUGGCAGGGAAAGCUUAAAAAUUCGACGAACUCUGCAUUUAUGCAGUGAAUAUAUGUUUCCAAAUGCACCGCUGAUGAGAUAACAGGAAUGGGAUAGGGUCAUUCCUUUUCCUUUUGAUUCUAACUGGCAAAUGCUGCUUCUUCCUGGCUGCCCCUUAUCCCCCACCCCAAUUUUUAGUUUAGGAGCUUGGCAGGAGUGGAGAGUGUUUAAAAAUGGAGCUUGGGGAAGAUCAGCUGGCAGGACUGAAUUUAGGGGGAGGUGAUCCAAGCUAUGAGGUUUUUAAAAACUAAUUUUAGCCACUCUAUGUAAGGAUAGGGUAGAAGCCGGUAAGUUUUAUUUUUUUAACAAUGUAUGUAUGUUUGUUUGUUUACACUUCAUAAUGUAACAAAAAGUGAUUACUAUUAAAAGAAUAAAAAGGCAAUACUGUAAUGAUGUUGUAGUAACAUUCCCUAAAAACUAGCUAAAAACAGAAUGAUAUAUAUCACAGAUAAAAUUGAGUGAUGUACAGACCAGAGAAUUAAAAAUGAAGCAUCUCAGAAUCCAGGAAAGCUCUGUUUUCUGUAGCACAAAGGCUAUGGGCAAGUCAGUUGUUCAUGCUGCCAUCUUGUGGCCGUACCUUUCAAUUUUAUGCCAGAUGCACACUCUACACUAAAAAAGUGCCAGCCUCUGACUUUUUUUAGCAGUUGAGCAUGAUUCAGAAGCAGAUACAGGGUGAUUCUAUCAUUGUUUUCUGUCGGUCUUUCUAUUUUAAAUGGAAGCCUUCCAGAGAGAGGGGGAGAGAUGCAUGUGAGGUGUUUAUGUGAGAUGGGAAAGUCUGUAUGAAAGCGUCAUCUGUGAGAGAGAAGAAAAGACGCACUUGGGCAGGGAGAAAAGGGGUGUGUGUCUCUGUGUGUGGUGUUUGAGGGAAGAUAUGUACAGUAUGUGGUGUGUGUUUGUGUAUGUGUGCAAGAGAGAGAGAGAGAGGUGUUGCCACUUCAUAUAUUUUUCCUGGUGCUGAAGAAUUUCCCCUGUUGUUUAUAGACAGCACAGCCUGUCUGUGUGUGGAAAUCAAUAUUUUGUGUUUUCCACAAUCAGGACCAGCAGAGCAAAAGUGACUUCUCAUGGCAAGCAUGAGAUUGUCUAGAGAAGUGGCAAUGACCGUAUGUUCUCUAGUUUUCUGUCAUCCUGCACCACCAUGGCAGCCAUGUUGUGUUACGUUGCCUUCCCGUCCCCCACACCGCCCCCCUCCAUGGCAGCUGUUCUGUGCCUGGUGCUCACAGGACUUACUCAAAGUUCAGAAUGGUCCGAAAAGGUUGUCAACUCCUGGUUUGGAUUAUUUCUUUCCUGGUUCAUAUUUAGAAGCUGCUUUCAGAUGUCUCCAGCGACAUAAGUGAAAGUAUCCAUAGACACCCAUGAAGAAGUAAAAUAUCUUCAUGCAGCCAGGAUGGGGCACAAAUGUAUCCACUGCAAAAUGGAGAAAUGAAUAUCUGACAGGAAUAUCCUUUCUGCUCCCCCUCUUCAGUGGUGACUCAACAUUCUGAGUCAAGGUAGAAUGGUACGGUAGUAUAUGUGGGGGUGGUUGGGAGGAAUGGAACGGAAUGGAGAGGCUAGGGCCCUGAACAGAAGCAACCCACACUGCAACAUUUUGUUGCAGACCUGCCACUUAUGACUUGUACUGUAUUGCAAACCUGGUUUUUGAAUUAGCAGUUCCACAUUAGGAUACGUUUAGCUAAUUGAAUUGAACACAUUGAAAGACAAAAUAGGGUGUGUGUCAGGUUGUAUGAAGGAGAGCUGUGGACACCUCAACCACCCGCCCCAAGAGAAGGGCUAGAAGUUGUGCUGAAGCUACACUGGCAUGUCGUAGCUGGAAAGGGGCAUGUGCAUGGGGGAGCAGCCCUGUGAGCUGCUGGACAGGGAGAAGGAAGACGCAGGAGGAGAUGGUGGCAACUGCUGCUGCUGCUGCUGCUGCUGCUGUGAGGCAGCCCAGAAGGCAGCAGAAUACAGCCCCAGCCUCAGCAGUCAUCCCCACCCCACCCCACCCCACAAGUUCAAGAGACGGAGCUUGAAGGCCUCACCAGAACAGCGAUUCCAGAGGCCAGACAGGCGUGCAAAGGUGGGGAGGAGACCUGGAGACCUUCAGGGGUGAAGGACUGAAGAGGCUCUCAAGGAGGGGAGGUGACCCCCUCGCCACCCACCCCAGGAGCCCAGAGAGAGAGAGAGAGAGGUGCCAGAGGAAGGCAGGCGCUUCAUGCCCUCCCUGUCGAGUGCUUCACCUCACAGAUGCCUGCAAAGGUGGUGGCCAUAUGGUGGGUGGGGCCAGAGCUGUGGGUCAAGCAUACACGCCUAGAAGUGGAGGAUGGGGCCAAAAAGGAAUGCCAACGGUGGCUGAAGCAGGACAGAAAGCCUCGGUGGCAUACACACACACAAAACAAGAAAACUGGGGUGGGGGGAUGACUUGCUAUAGGUGUGGGAAAUUCUGGACAUGUCUUAAAAUUCUAACCCCCCCCCCCGGGUUACCAUUUUAGAUGUCCAGUUUCCGUACAUGUCUGGAAUUUUCUGGACGUAUGGCAAGCCUAGGUUUACUCAACCAUUUUCCCACUUGCUCACAGAUGGUUUGGGGGUGGGGCGGGUUGUAUUGCUACACCAUCAGUUGUGCUGUUUGGAUAGCUGCACUUCUAAGUAGUUUGAAGUCUGAAUGUUUUUGUCAUGAAUCAGUGUCUGAUCAGUCAUGAGUUAGACCUGUUUUGGACAACCAUUCUCAACUUACAGAUACUGUGUAAAAAUCUGUGCCUAGAAACUGGACAGCUUCUUUCAAUAUUAUUUAAUGUGGCUGGACUAUGUCCCUUAAUCAGCUAAGAAUGAAUUCUGAUAUCUGAAGAGAAAAGGCUGCGGAAGUGGAUUAUUUAUGAGAACAUAUGAUCACUGUUUUUAAAAAGCAGACUGCCUUAGGGAGCAACCGCUUUGAGUCUUUGAAUUGUUCAGCAGUUGCUGUGCUGAGUCAUCAAGGAUGAAAUUAUAAGGACUGCAGGGAUAAAAUUAGCAUGAGAGCAGUUCCAAAACACAGAUAAAUCAGUGUCUGUUUUGCUCACUGAACAGAAACUUAAAACCUUAAUGUAUGGGGAAAUAUACUUUGCUCAUAAAGGAAUAUUAGAGCUGCCAGGUAAAAUACUUUUUUUUACACAAAUACAAGGGACAGCAUGUAUGACAGGAGUGGGGGAAAUGUGGCUCUCCAGAUGUUGUUGGUCCAGUAUUCAGUGUGUCUCCAUUCUUCCCAGCUCCGCUGAAAGAGGCUGUCAUUAAACUGCUUCUUAAAAAAAUAUCUCUGGACUCGGCUGAUAUGGCCAACUAUCGCCCAGUCUCAAAUCUUCCAUUCUUGGGCAAGGUGAUUGAGCGGGUGGUUGCUGAACAACUCCAGGCACGCCUGGAGGAUGCGGACCAUUUUGAUUCCUUCCGAUCAGGAUUCAGGCCUCAUCGUGGGACUGAAACCGCCUUGGUCGUGCUGGUCGAUGAUCUCUGGCAGGCUAGAGACAAAGAUGAGAGCUGUUUCCUAGUUCUGCUGGAUCUCUCAGAUACCAUUGAUCAUGACAUCCUUCUGGACCGUCUAGAGGAGCUGGGAGCUGGGGGCACUGGAGUGGUUCCGCUCCUUCCUCCUGGGCCGUGUCCAGUAAGUGGUGUUGAGGGAUGAAGGACCAGGUGCACAGCCUGGGAGUCAUUUUGGACUCACAGCUGUCCAUGGAGGCACAGGUCAAUUCUGUGUCCAGGACAGCUCCAACUGGUAUGCAGUGUCUAUCAGCUGGUGUCUACCAGCUCCAACUGGUAUGCAGGCUGAGACCCUGCCUGCCCGCAGACUGUCUCGCCAGAGGGGUGCAUGUUCUAGUUAUCUCCCGCUUGGACUACUGCAAUGCGCUCUAUAUGGUGCUACGUUUGAAGGUGACUCGGAAACUGCAAUUAAUCCAGAAUGUGGCAGCUAGACUGGUGACUGGGAGUGGCCGCCGAUACCAUAUAACACCGGUCCUGAGAGAUCUGCAUUGGCUCCCAGUACGUUUCUGAGCCCAAUUCAAAGUGUUGGUGCUGACCUUUAAAGCCCUAAAUGGCCCCGGUCCUGUAUACCUGAAGGAGUGUCUCCACCCCAUCGUUCAGCGCCGAGGGCCUUCUGGCGGUUCCCUCACUGUGAGAAGUGAGGUUACAGGGAACCAGGCAGAGGGCCUUCUUGGUAGUGGCGCCCUCCCAUCAGAUGUCAAGGAAAUAAACAACUAUCUGACUUUUAGGAGACAUCUGAAGGCAGCCCUGUUUAGGGAAGUUUUUAAUGUUUGAAGUUUUAUUCGGUUUUUAAUGUUCUGUUGAAAGCUGCCCACAGUGGCUGGACAGGGUAGAAAUUAUAAAUUAUUAUUAUUAAUUAUUACUUCAGUAGCAAAAAAUGAUAAUAACUCCUUGGUCCAUGCCAUCUGGUGGAAUGGAUUUGUGGCUUGAAUAUGCAGAAGAUGCUGUAUCAUCAGAGACCUGGAUAGAUUGCUUGGGAGUGGUACAAUGGAGAAUCUAUCUCUUGGGGGUCCUGUUAAUGAGUCUUGGAUUGCAAGUCUCCUGUGGGAAGAGGUGUGUGUCCUGGGGAAGCUGUGAUGGUGGCUAUUUCUGGAGGGGUUGCAGCAGGGGCAGCUACUCUUCUUUUACAUGUUUUUCAUUGUCUCUACGUGUGUUAAAUACAUUUCUCUCUCACUUUUAUUUAUAUUGCUUUACUACUUCACUCUUUGCCGUCCUGGGUUCCUUUUGGUAAGAAGGUUGGGGUAGAAUGUUAGUAAAGAAAUACCGUAGUUCCUUGGUUACAGGAGGAAGGGGCCCUUUUGUCCCUGGCUCUUAUCUCAACCUGGCCUAGCUGAUGGUCUAGUGUGGCCUUGCAAAGUCUGGAGGCAUUUCCUCUCCUACUUCCAUGGGUGGAGUGAUUUGUGUUCACACCAUUGGACCUCUCUCCCACCCUCCAAACUUAUACUUGCAGUUGUCCCACAGCCAUCUCAGAAACCACUGUGGCCAGCUAUGGGGAGAAGCUUGAAGGGGUUGGUUAGAGUCUUGGUUGUCUCUCAUUCAUGUAGCUCUCUGGGUUGCUGCCUGAAUGAUGCAGACUAAUACUGUAUGGACACUGCUGCUGCACAGCUGCUCAGUGGGUGGAAAAUGGCCAGUGUCCUUCAGUUCCUGGCUUCAUAUGCCUCUUGUGGCCUGGAAAAGUGCCUGUCCUCCUUCUAGUGCUCCAGAACACCACUUGUACAGCAAGGACUGGGUGUUUAUUGCUGGUGUUUCCAAGUGUAGAGAACUUAGGAUGAAGGGGUCCACUGUUUUCAGGCUCAGCUUUUAUUCUCCUGGCCUGUUGGACUUCUGGGGAAAGAGUUGGAACUGGAGUGUGAGCAUUUCAUCAUCUAAUCUUCCCUUUGUUGUCUUCCCUUUUACUUUCUUUAUUGUGACUCUCAUGUUAGAUACCGGUACUUCUCACCUUGAGUCAGGAAGUCAGCUGGCCUGGAUGUCAUGGUGGGAUUUGCGCUCCAGAAAGAUUCUGGGGACUGUUUUCUGGUCCCAGAACAUAGUUCCUUCUCCAUCUAGCUGAUCUUGUUCACUUGUAAAGAACAGAAAUUUACUGUUAAGUAUGGAAUUUUGUUUCUGCAUAUUAUUCCCUUUUCUUAUACACAGUUUUAUAGUCCUGUGUUAUAUUGUGAAAUGGUCAGUCAGAAUUCCUAGGGCAUAAUCUAGUUAAAGUUAAAUACUCUUUGGUCUCGCUGAUUUCAACAGAUUUAACAUGUGCUUAGCUCUCUCACUGAAAUAAAUAGGAUGUAAAAUGCAUGACUGGCUGGAUUGCACCCUAAAGACUGUUGUGAUUCCCUCCUCUUGGGACUAUUUGUCAGUACAAAUAAUCCAAUGUGGGAUAAAUCCAGUAUUCUUCCAUUUCAAUUUGUGCAAAUUAUAUUUGAGAAAUAAUGAGAUGAAACGGACAUCUUUCUGGCAAAAUAAAUUUCAUUGAAAUUUGAACAGUUUAUCUCUUUUCUCUACAUCUACCUUAAGUUUUUAUUGUAAGAGAAAGUGUUAUGAAAUAAAAUACGGACUGCCAGGUACAUACUCUGAAUUGUAAUUUUUGCUUCAUGAACCGGGACCACCAUGUAACAACUGACCUUAUCACAAUAAAUUGGGUUAACCUCCUCUUCAUCAAAUAAAUAUUAUGGCAAAAUGAUAUGGUGCUUUAAAAUAAACUUCACAUCAUAUCAUUGCUUUUUGUGUUACAGAAAUGGGAGAAUUCUCAGUUGUUAAUCCUAAUUUUCAUGUUCAGUUCUGUACAUUUUAUCAAGCUGUGGCAAAUAUUAGUAUUUGGAAUAUUUGAAGUUUUGAUUUCUGCCAGAAAUUAGGAAUUGUGCCUCUGAAAUUUUUCACUUUUUCUAGAUUCUUAUCCCAUAAAUUGAAGUCAUCUAGAGAUUAUUAUGCUACAGUCCUGUUUACCUGUUAACUCUGUUAUUUGAAGGAACAUUUAGUGUUGUUGUUGUUUAGUCAUUUAGGCAUGUCCGACUCUUCGUGACCCCAUAGACCAAAGCACGCCAGCACAUUUAGUGCAGUUUUGUUAAUUGCAUUGCUAUAUUUAUUUGCAGGUUUCAAUCAAAUAACUUUAUAUGCCAUGUGCUUUACUUCUAGGGGUGUAGAUUUUUUUUUAGUGGGAUGUAUGUGUUACCUUCAUAGGGGACAAUAUAAAUACAGCCUAUUAAAUUAUUUACUGAAGACAGUUGGCCAAUCCAUUGUUCAAGGAGCCAAAGGUCAUUUUGGUGUGCCUAGCUGAUUCAUAGGUAAUCUGAUACAGUACUUGGCUGUUGGUUUCCCAGGCAGACGAUGAACUUUAUCCUUCCAUUAUGAGUCACACAACUGUAACUUUACAGGGGAGAAGGAAUUAAUUGUGAAAGGUGCUGAAGAAUACGUAUGCAUGCUGAAGUAACGAUGCCUCUCAUGAGACGACAACUGCACCAUAACUGGUGGCACUUCUUUGCCAGAAAUGCAAUUGAUUUUUAUAUUAUUUUUGGUCUUUUGCUGAUUUUUGUCAAGUUAGAUUGCUUUGUUUUGAAUUAAAAACGCAGUGCUUGUAGUCCUGGAACUAGUCUUGCACAAGAGGAUUAUGUGAAUGGAGGGUGGGGUGAGGUUAUUGGUUCUGUUCUUGUAUUUAUUAUGUAUUUUGUGUUUUUAAGCUUAUUUUUAUGUUGUGAAGCACCCUGAGAUCUGUGGAUGAAAGGUGGUAUACAAAUUUUAAUAAUAAUAAUAAUAAUGGAGUUAUAAUGAGCUAUAAUGCUUCUGUUGACAAAACCCCUAAAUAUAAAUCUAUUAGCUCCUUGGGAUCACAAUCUCAGAAAGUGGUCAAAAUGUAUUGGAUCUUGCAAUCCAUGGCUCUUUCAUGGGGUGGGGUGGGGGGUACAUUGGAAUUUUGUGUUGUUUUCUCACUCUUUUCAUGCAGAGUUCCUCCAACAGUUUCAGGAAAACUGACUACAAUGUGCUAUAUAGAAUUCAGUAGUUACUUUGCUUUAUUAUCAAACAUUUAAUCUAAUUUAAUAAUACAAUGACAAUCCUAUCUAUGUGCUUCUGUAAUGAAACGUGAAGGUGUUUAAAACAUAGCAUAAGUGAAAUUUGUAACAGGAAAAUAUAGGAUAAAAGUCAUGUAUGUAACUGUAUAUUGAAAACUUCCUGUUAGUUUAUAGCUCUCGUUCUCACCACCAGUAAAACUAGCAGUGCUUUACAGACUUACAACAUCUCUCCUAUGUGUAAUGUAUGGCCAUUGUAAAAUAAAACAUGUGCCACUUAUUUGAGCUCCUUGUAUAAGUUGGCUGAGGUGCCCUUGAGUUAUAUUAGUUCUGUAUUCCCUGCUCAGAAGUUUGCACUGCUGUUAGCUGUCUGCCACAGAAAGGAGGAGUUUGCUGCUUCUAUAGCUGUGCCUUUGGGAGAGGGGGGGGGGGAACGCCUAUCAUAUUUCACCCUAAUCCUAAGCGAUUGCUUUAGCCAGGCAGUCUCUUUUAUUGUUAAAGAGAAUCCUUCUGAAGAUUGUUCCCCAGGCUUUUCAUUUAAGGGCAAACAGGAUGGACGGACUUAAGAAUCAGAAUGGCAGUGCCAUUUCCUCACAGAAAAGAGAAAGCUGUUCCACAUUGUAUCCUGGUCUGGCAACUUGUUAGCAGCAUGUACAUCUUCCUGAUCCAAGAAACUGGGUUUUUUGUUUAAAGAAAAUGUGAUAGAAGAGAAGGCUGGAUUACAAGCAUAUCGGUGGAGAAUGUUACUGAGCAGAGGAGAUGGACUUUGGUUGAAACCUGGGGAAAACGGAAAGCUGUGUCCCUCGGUGUUGUGCUUCUACACAAUCCUCAUCUGAAGGUUGUUUUCAGGGUGCCGUGGUGUUUUUCUUUCUUCCGCUGUGUUUUGUUUGGCAGCUCACAAAGUACUGUAGGCAGAAGCAGCCUCCGGGAAUUGUACAGGCACAAUCGCUUGGUUCUGUGCUCCAUGCAGAUUUAAACAGUGCAUGUGUUUUCUUUAAGUUGAAAGAAACAUGGUUGUUUUAUAUUAGAUAAAAAGAAAAAGAAGAAGGCUACGAGGGUGGUUUUGAAAGUUGCAUACUCCAGUGGAUUUAUUUAUUUUUUGGAGGGAGAAAUGAAAAAAGAAAGCACCUCGAAGUCAUUCCUGUUUAAACAUAAUCCAGGAUCCCUCUCGCGUGCUGUGAGCUGGAUAAACUUCUCUACCUUGUCUAAGCAGACAAAAAGGCUGUUUCGCAGCGAUGGUGAACUCACUUCUAUAUGUGGGCAGCAGGUAGAAGAGGAUGAGAGCUGGACCUACAGACCCCAGCACAGAAACGCUGUCUCCAAUCUAGAUGAAGAGAGCAGAUGGACAGUCCAUUACACUGCACCCUGGCAUCAACAAGAGAAUGUGUUUCUACCCACCUCAAGGCCACCCUGUGUAGAGGAUCUGCACCGCCAAGCCAAGCUGAACCUGAAGUCGGUACUAAGAGAAUGUGACAAGCUGCGAAGGGAUGGCUAUCGAAGUUCUCAAUACUAUUCUCAGGGCCCAACUUUCUCAUCUUCUUCCAGUGCAAUCUGCGGAAGUCACCACGAUGACUAUGAAGAAAUUGAACAAAAGUGUUCGACCCCUUCUCCUGAGGAGGAGAAGCUUAUUAGCAUCAAGAGACCCAAAACGCCAGUUUCAAAUGAAUUCUCUGAUAUCAACACUCAAACAAAUUGGACCAAAUCACUUCCGUUGCCAACACCGGAGGAGAAAAUGCGACAGCAGGCUCAAGCAGUCCAAACUGAUGUUAUACCUAUUAACGUAACUGGGGAGAAUUUUGACCGCCAAGCCAGCAUACGGAGGUCCCUAAUUUACACAGAUACUGUGGUAAGGCGGCCGAAGAAAGUGAAAAGGAGAAAGACUAUUACAGGAGUCCCUGACAACAUCCAAAGAGAGCUAGUUGGCACUGGUAAAAACGACUUCCGUGGCCAUUCAUUAUGCGUCCCUGACCACUAUUCCACGCUAGGAAGGCUUGAUAGCUAUCACUUUUCCAUGCAGCAGUCUGACACCAAGGACUCUGGCUGUCAGACGGAGGAAGUCAAAGUGGUGCCACCUUCAGUGAGGCGAAUACGUGCCCAGAAAGGUCAAGGAAUUGCAGCCCAGAUGUCACAGUUGUCCAGCUCUUCUGGAAACAUGUCUGUGAUGAGUGAUUCCGCUGGGGUUGUGUUUGCCUCCCGCCUAAACAAUGACCUGGGUUUUCAUAGUCUACCUCGGUCUGGGGCAAGGGUGUCCCUACAGUUCCUGGAACGUAGACAUAGCCUGUCUAAGUCAACAGAAGGUGGAGCACUGUCACACCAGAUAAGCAAACUGCAAGUGGAUGAUAGCAUAGACCACAUGAGGAACAACAGUAGGACAGGUAUGCUUCAAAGGCCAAAGUCCCAAGAGGUAAAGGGCUCUGAGAGCGACCAAACAGAAAGUCUAGCAUGCAUGGUCUCUCCACAUAGUAUGUAUUCAACCAGCAUUAUACCAAAUGCGACCCUAUCAUCCUCUUCAGAGGUUAUUGUGAUUCACACCACACAGAGUGCGGGCGCGAUGGAUAGUAAAAUCACCAACCCUUCUUCAUAUACAAAACCUAGAGACAAUCUUGUUGUCAACAGCAUGGUAGGCACAAAAGAUCAACAGCAUUCCUCUAGUGGGACCUGGAGCGAGACCAGUUCAACACAUCACUCGCAUUCCUCAGACACUGCUGUUUCAUUGAAUGCUGCGAUGGUGCUGAGUCUUGGAGAUUCAGGAGUCUCUCUCAGUGGUCCAGGAGCUGUGGAAAAUGCCCCUCAAAGUAUGACCUACAGCAGUAGGAAUAAUCUGAGUUUUCCAACCCACUCUCAGAACAGUGACAGUAGGAGUGAAUCAAAUUACUCUGUUGACAAAACACAGAGCCAGGUUCAGAACAGCACAGAGCACUGUGGUUUGAAGCGCUCUGGAAAGGAAGAGGUGUUGUUACACAAACUAAACUGUGCCACUCCAGGCUGCUCCACGCCUGUGAGCAACUUGAGUACCAGCAGCCUUGAAAGAGUCUCUGCCAAAGAAGACUCAAGCUCUUUAUAUUCUGUGGACCAUGAUGGCUAUUACACUUCCAUGCACAUGGACUCAGGACUCAAGUCUGGCAAAACUUGCAAUAGCAAUAACGGCUUUGGAAACCCCAGGCACAGUGUCAUUAAUGUGUUUGAUGGCACUGAGAAGAAAUCUCUGGGAGACUUGUCGAAUUACAGCGACAAAUCCCUCUCACGAAGCAUAUCCUUUAAAAAGGCAAAGAAACCACCUCUGCCGCCAUCCCGAACAGACUCCCUUAGAAGGAUCCCCAAGAAGAAAACUCAGUCCAAUGGGCAGGUAUUGGAUGACAUGUUGAUUGCUAGCCUCCAACACUCCCUACAGUUGAACCUCAAGUGCAAAAAUGGCAGCUCACCAUCUCAAAGCCCCUGCAGUGAUUAUGAUGACCCUUGGGUGCUGCGCUCUCGUAGUCAGAGCUCGGUGAGUGCCAGUAGCAGCAUGAUGUCUGGGACAGGCCUGAACAUGUACUCCAUCUGUACUGUCACACCCUCCCAGAGUGAGACAAGCAGCAUCAGGUCAGAGUAUGCUGACCAGUGGGGCUACUACAGCGAUUGUCCUGGGAUGCCGGAGGAUCAGCUGAAAUCCCCAGUAGUUCAUUCAGCUAAUGCUGGACCCAGGCUAAAUGAUUAUAACAUCAGCCGCCUUAACGAUGGGUCAAGGGCUUCUACGCCGCAGGUGUCCAGCGGGUUGGCCAAACCAAAGACCACUUCUCCAGAAAAGCCACAUAGGGUUACAUCACCAUCUAGUGGGUAUUCUAGCCAAUCCAACACACCCACAGCAGUUACACCAGUGCCUGUCAUUCUGAAAUCUGUGUCAACAGGAAACGGGAAACACAAGAUGAAACCUAAAGUGCCUGAAAGAAAGUCAUCCCUUCUGUCUUCAGUUUCAGUGUCUUCCUCCUCCACAUCCCUCUCUUCUAAUACAUCUGCUGAAGGGAGUGGGAGUGUGAAGAAAUCUGACUCUGGCCCAAGCUUCCCUCUGGUUACAUCUCCAGACUCUUCUGAGUACCUUCUUCCACCACCGCCACCUCCCUCAACAGAUGUUAUGGACCUGCCGCCUCCCCCUGGAUCUCCCAACUUCCCACCGCCUCCACCGGAAGCGGUUAUAAACAUAUCGUUUUCUCAAAGUAUCCCAUGGUUUAAUUACCUACCACAAGACCCUUCGUUGGAUCAUUUCUCUCCCUCGUCACCUCCUGUUCCGUCACCUCCCCUUCCACCUCCUGUCCCUUCUUCAGUCCCUCCACCAGCACCCCCCUUGGACCCCAAACUCACAAAAGGAGGUGCGUAUAAAAAUGCACCAUGUUCUUUCAUGAAAUAUAAUCAGGAAGGUUCUUCUCACAGUACAAUAAAGAGAGCAUCCUUGAAAAAGGAGGAUCCCGCCAGGCCUUCAAUGCCUCUAGUAACCACCCAAGCACUGCAAAUGGUACAGCUGAGGUCCGUGAAGAAAACUGUGGUGUCAGAGGUUGAACAGCCAGUUGAAUCUACUUCUGACACGAAUUCUCAGGAAAAAUCAACUGAUGUGCUUUCAGGACAGCUGCCUAUAAAACCGGGUAUAUCAGUAGGACACAGCGACAGCCUGGAAGAAGGUGAAGUGAAACCCCAUGGUGCUUUUGACAAUACCUUUGUUUACAGUCCUAAUCAGAGAUCUUAUCCAGGACUCUGUGGUAACUAUGAACUUACGAGUGGUAGUGGUACAAUGCCUGGAAAUGCAGGCAGUCUAGCUAAUUUCUUUGCCAGUGAUUUACCACCAGCCAGUGUGGAAGAAGCAGCACAGGGUUUUUGCUCUGAUCUUGCAAGCUCAUCUCUUCAGGGACAGCCAGGAUGUCUCAACAAGCCUCAGGGUGUAUCGCCAAACAAGAAGCCGCCACCUGUUUCAAAGAAACCCAAACUGUUCCUGAUUGUGCCACCCCCACAACCCGAUGUUACAGCAGAAAAAAUAGCUGGAGUGGGUGAAACAGUCGGAAUCGCUCCAGGGGAUGCUGCCAUUGCACAGUACAGCCGGGCUGAGGAUUAUCCUACAGAUGGACUCUGCUCCUAUGAAAUGGACUCUGGCAGCCUGGUUCCAGAAGGAGGAGCUGCAGGUUCCACCUCCUGUGAGACACUGGAAGUCAGUGUUUCUGCGCUGCAGCCCAAGCAGGAGGAGCAGUCUUGCUUGUGCGAAGGAAGCAGUUCCAACAGAAUUGGAGACAGUGUCUCUAGAGGAGACAGGGAUGCAUCUCAAGGGGAUGAAAGUGCUGAGGGAUUUGAAUCAGAUGCAGCAAACAGCUUUUUACUGCAAAGCGCUAGUAAUGGAGAAGACAGUGAGGUGGUGGCAGUGCCAACCAGACCAAGGACUACUGAGGAUCUUUUUGCAGCCAUUCACAGAUCCAAAAGGAAAGUCCUUGGCCGCAAAGACUCUGAUGAUGAUCCUACCCGAAAUCAUUCGCCAUCACCCCCUGUUACACCCACUGGUGCUUCUCCAAAUCUGGUUUCCCUUAAACAGGCAGGAUCAAUUCAAAGAAAUAUUCGCAAAAGUAGCACCAGCAAUGACAACUUCAAGGCACUACUGCUUAAAAAAGGGAGCCGUUCAGAUACCAGUUCUCGGAUGUCAGCAGCAGAGAUGCUAAAAAACACAGACCCAAGGUUUCAAAGAGCCAAGGCAGAUUCUUCCUGGGACCCUACUGACAAUGGCACAAGUUGUUCUCCUACCAAGAGCAGACGGGCCCAGGAAGAAUGGGCCAAGAGCGAAGGCCUGAUGCCAAGAAGUCUGUCCUUUUCCAGCGCCAGGUACGGCAGGUCUCGAACCCCGCCAUCUGCUGCAAGUAGCAAAUACAAUGUUCGAAACCGGAUCCAGAGUAGCCCUAUGACUGUUAUCAGCGAGGGAGAUGUGGAACCAUUUGAACCUGCAGAAAGCAGAACUUGUAGGUCUUUAGAUGAGGAACAAUUUGAUGUGUUUGACAGUGAUGAAAUGGACAUUAAUGAAGAUGUGGGCUCCAGUGAGAACAGUACAACUCACCCAGACUUGAUAACUGGUUGAUACAAAAUUAGUUUAAUGAAAUAUGUAUGCCAUCAGCUGAAAAAAGGGUGAGGAUUAAGAAGGCACUAUGAUGUCACAGCUUUCGUAAGGUAUACAAAAUGAUCCAGGCUUAGCUACAAUUUACUUCGCCAAGCAUUUAGAAUGUGGUAAUUGAUGCUACUGUAUUGAUACUGAUGUGGCUCAAUGGGAUGCGACUUUUAGUUUAAAUGGAUGCGACUUUUAGUUUAAAUGGAACUAAGUCAGAUCAGUCCAUUAAAGCAUUAAAAUCCUUUAGAUGAAAAAAAAACACUAAUAUUUUCAGAUUCUGGGUUGUGUGUGAUUUUUUUUUUUAAGAGUGUAGAAAAUUAAAGUAAGCCUACAGAGAAAAUGGGGAGCUUCUGUGGUACAGGGUGGCAGCAGCUUUCAAAGUGUUAUAUUUAUGAAACCUAGUAAUCUUUUUUGAGCAGGGAAUGAUAGAAUGAAAUAUGUGGCCUAGUAGUUAACCGUGUUGGCUGUUGUCCCACUGUUUCUUCUAGUUUGUGUAGGGGGUCCUCUGCUGGUCUAACCAUGUCAUGAUAGCAUAACAAACAGGCCAACCAGAUUCUGAAUUACUGUUUUUUAAAAAACACAACAGAAAAGAAGCACUAUUGUAAUACAGAAGUGACUGCUGUGUGGGCAUAUUACAGUUCAUCUAUUGGGUUCUUAAGGGGGAAAAACCUCAUAGGUGAAUUUGUUUCUUUGAAUGGAAAUUAUGGUGUCCUAUAGAAGACCUAAAAUAAAUGGUUGCCGAUUUGUAAAGAAGAUGUAGGUAAAUCUGGGAUGGGGUGAAGCAUAAUAAUAAUAAUAAUAAUAAUAAUAAUAAGCAAAUGGCCAUUAACUUCUCGAUUUGAGAGCUUAUAAUGUAUAUAACUGCAAAUGGUACCCUUUUCUUUUCGAUUAAACUGGGAAUUACCAGUUUUUCUUAUAUUUGUCAAAAUGGGAAAGUUUUUAAGCAACAUAUCACUUGGAAUGUUGAAACACUUGCAAACUUUUGGUUACCAAAGAAUACACUACAAUUAGUUUUACUUUUUUGGCUACAGUCAGCAUCUCCUUGAUAUGGGGAAAUAAACAUAACAAUUUAGGAGACUUUGCUUAAUUUUACUGAGUCUUUACCAGUGUGUUUAUAUAUAUAUAUAUAUAUAUAUAUAUAUAUAUCUUUCUUAUUUGUAAAGAAUAUAACUGAUAGCUAAAAUAUCAGCUGUGAUUUUGAUCACAGGAUUGUUGGGUUUUUUUUGAAUAAGUUGCUAGUCUUCUGUUUUUAUAAUGUUUGUACAUAAUACAAGUUCUUGAGGUAGCCUUUGCCCUACCAGUGUUGGACAUUUUACAUUCUU